AUGAAUCACAGCAAGUCGGGCAACUUCAGCGGGAGCGCCCCUCCCGGCUCCAUGGACGAGCUGGUGAUCACCUCCACCUUCGGCACGCUGCUGUCGCUCGUCUACGUCGUGGGGGUCUCGGGGAACGUGUACACGCUCAUGGUGAUGUGUCACUCCAUCCGCUUCGCGACCCCCAUGUACAUCUCCAUCAUAAACCUGGCGCUCGCGGACCUGCUCUACCUGUCCACCAUCCCGUUCGUGGUGUGCACCUACUUCCUCAAGGACUGGUACUUCGGGGACGUGGGCUGCCGCAUCCUGCUGAGCCUGGACCUCCUCACCAUGCACGCCAGCAUCUUCACCCUCACGGUGAUGUGCACCGAGCGCUACCUGGCCGUGACCAAGCCGCUGGACACCGUGAGACGCUCCAGGAACUACAGGAAGACGAUGGCAGGUGGGGUGUGGAUGCUGUCGCUCAUUCUCACUCUGCCCAUGAUGAUCAUGGUCAACGAGACCACGAAGCAGGCGCAAGCCGGUGGCGUGAAGCGCAUGUGCGCGCCCACAUGGGGUCCAGAAGCCUACAAGAUAUACCUAACCAUACUUUUCAGCACGAGCAUCAUGGGCCCCGGGCUCGUGAUCGGGUAUCUCUACACUCGGCUGGCCAGAACUUACUUGGAGUCCCAGCGGAACUCGGCGAGCAGAGGGAACAAGCGCUCGCCCAAGCAGAAAGUUCUCAUCAUGAUCUUCACCAUCGUGCUCGUGUUCUGGGCGUGCUUCCUGCCCUUCUGGAUCUGGCAGCUGCUGCCCUUGUACCACAAGCCGCUGAGGAUGGCCUCCCACACGCACACGUGCAUCAACUACCUGGUGGCCUGUCUCACCUACAGCAACAGCUGCAUCAACCCGUUCCUCUACACGCUGCUCACCAAGAACUACCGCGAGUACCUCAAGAACCGGCACCGCACCUUCUACAGGUACACGUCGUCCUUCAAAAGUCGCCCCCCGAGCUUGUACUCGUGGGGGAAGUCGUGCUCCUCCAGCAACCAGAUGGACUUCAACUCGGAGAUCCUGGUGAUGGCGCCGCUCAAGGGCCACCUGUGA